AUGAGAUCCAGAAAACUCGACACCAGGAAGACAACACCAAUGAAUUGGAAAGAGCGAACCACCAGGAACCUUAACAAUCAGAAAAGGGGAACACCUAGACGACCAAAGGAAAACUGUCAAGAUAAUGAGAAACACUCAUCUGAGGACAUUGAAGAACUAGAAUCUGAACUUUGCCAGAAGAAUGAGGAGCCAUACAAGCUACAAAGGAACUAA